UUGGCUAUCGCCACGUGUGUAGUCAGCACUCCGAACUUUCGCCAAAAGACUCGAAAAUCUUGGCUUCUUUUUUCGCUUUCUAUUCAAUAAAUCCACCCUCUUAAAAUCCAAUUUUUGUCCUAACUCCAAGAGCAAGGAUUCAAAUAGUUACUUGGGAAGUUUGGGGUUGAAUGGCUGCGUUUAAGUAAUGCUAGCGUUCGAGAACGAUCCUUGUGAAACGAGGAUGUUAGGCACCUCGCCUAUUUUCAGCAAGGAUUAUUUCGUAAAUUCGUUUGCCGAUUUCUGCCCUCUUUAUUCUGAAGAUGAUAUAGCUGCUGAAGUAAAUGUGCAGUGUGAAUCAAUAUCUGCAAACAGUUCCUGUGGGACGUCUGUCACUUCUGAGUUUUCUGAAGACAGUUUCUUUGAUAAUGACGAUGAAGAGUUUUUACCACUGGGUGAAAGUGAGUGUGCAGCAUUCAAUUUUGAGCCUCUUGAACAAUUUUCAAAUGUAAUGCAAGGAAAUUCUGACCUCGAAGAUGAAGAAGUAUUAUCAUUCAAUAACAAAGGAGAGUUUGAUUCCAAGAAAAGAAAGAGUUCUAUUAAAUCAGAAUGUGGCUGUUGUGAAUUAAGGAAAAGAAUGGCUGGAUUGUCAUGGAAUAAAAUGUCAUCAAGUAAUCAAAUGGAAUCAAUAGAAUACCUCACAAAAGUUGUUUCAUCUACGCUUGGUUUACGAGAGCAACUAGAUGUUAUUAGAAUAAUAAGCCCAGAGGCUACUGUAUCAGCUACAGAUACUGAAUUCUUCAUAGAUCUUGAAACAUUUAAUGAUGACAAAUUUCAAAGAUUAAAACAAUACAUCAAUGAACAUUUGUUAGAUGACGAGUGCAAGAAAUGCUCAGAAUCAAGAAAAAAGAGAUGUCAAUACAAAACAACCUCAUCUCCACAACAGAAAUUUUCAUCAAAGAGAAAAACACAAAAACCAUUAAGUACAAAGCGAGUGUCUAAAAAGUCCAGGAAGAGCAAAGGACUGCUGUCUAGAAUCCACCGGCAAAUGGAAAAAGAGAAAAGAAGUGGCCUGUUUGAUAGAGAAGAGGUGCUAUCAGUUAGUAGAAAACCAUCUUUAUCAGAAUGUGAAGAAGAAAUUGAGGUGGACAUCCUUUGCUAAUAACAAAAUAAGUAAUAAAGAUAGUGAGCAUAUUAUUUACAAACAGGCUGCCAUUAGCCUUGAGACAUACAACUUAUUCCAUUCAACCCAUGGAAGUAAUAGUCUAAUAAAUGAAUGAUCAAAAUGUCAGAGUAUUCAAUCUAUUGGGUGUGAGAAAGCAUGACCUUGGAGAGAUUUUUCUAUAAAAACCUCAGUUUUUACUCUGAAUUUUUGUUAAAAAUUUCUUGCUGGGUGCACAUAGGUCCUUGAAUUGACAUUUUCUUGAAUUUAACUUGAAUUUGACUUUUUUGGUAAUUAAUUGCCCUUGAAAAGUCCUUGAAUUCUUAUCAAAAUGUCCUUGAAUUUGCAUUAAUUGAUCAGACCAGGAGUAAUGCAGACUCUAUACUACAGAUCUCACGGAACUGUGGCAACAUGUCAAACAUUUGUCUCGCUACCACUCCCUAAUUUGUCCACUGACAUGCCUACUUUUGUCACUGUCUCAGAUCUAGCGCAUUACCAGUAAGGUAUUCACUGUAAUACAUGUAACAAAAGUAGGUGUGACAGUAGACAGGGUGUGGUAGCGAGACAAAUUUUUGACGUGUCGCCACAGUUCGGUGAGAUCCGUAGUACAUGUGCUCAAGCGACAUGAAUGCAAUAUUUUAUCAUUUUCCUGAGCAUUUCUACUCAAUGGACCAUUUCCUGAUAUGAAAGUAGUUUUUGCUAUUAUGGAAAACAUUGUAAAACUCCUUGAAAUAUUCUUGCAAAAAAUUAGAGAAUACCUCUGUGUGCACCCUGUGAAAACAAAUGCUAGAUCUCCCUUGGUGAGCAGCUUUGAGAAAAAGUCCUUUUCAAUUGUGUUAAGAGAUGGAAAAUGUUACAGAAAAAUGAAAUGAGAAUCUAAUAAAAUGCUCUUAUCUUA